UAGUUUUACAAAAUACUGUUUAUUUCAAGGAUAUUAAAUAAUUGGAUUCAUUCAUAUAAUAAUGGCAUACCAGUGGUUGAUUGGUUUACAAAUCUCCUUGAUAUUUUUCAACUGCUUGUGUAUUGCAAAAGAUUGGUCUUAUACAAAUGAUCGAACUGCACCAGAAACUUGGCCGGAACACUAUAAAGAUAUGUGUUCAGGUUAUUAUCAAUCACCAAUUGACUUAAAACGAAGCAUAUCCGUACUUGAUCCAAAAUUAAAAACUGUGCUAAUUUAUCGAAAUUCAUCAUCCAAUGCAAGAACUACGCUUGAAAAUAAUGGUCAUUCAGUUAGAAUUAAAUUUCCAAAUAACACAUGGUUUAUAUCAUUCGAUGGAUUAUAUGACAAGAAAUAUGAAAUUGUAGAAUUGCAUUUCCAUUGGGGUAGUACAAAUGAUCAUGGAUCUGAGCAUACAAUUGAUGGACAUAGAUUUCCAUUAGAAGGACAUAUAGUAUCAUAUCGUAAAGAAAUGUAUCCUUCAGCCAAUGAAGCUGUCAGUCGACCAGGUGGACUUGCUGUUCUUGGUAUUAUGCAUAAUAUUGUAGAAUCAGCAACAUAUGAAAAUACAGUAUUCCGUGCAUAUAGAAAUUUUUCUGGUCUAUUGAAUUCACAAUUGGUACCAUCGACUAUUUUAACAGUUGAUGAAUUUAAUUUAACAGCAAUUCUUGAUUUUUUGAAUCCUGAUCGUUAUUUUCGUUAUUUCGGUUCAUUAACAACUCCACCAUGUACUGAAAAUGUUCUAUGGACUGUUUUCACAGAUCCUGUACCGAUUACACUUGAACAAAUGAAAUUAUUUCGUACUUUACUUUAUGCUUCACAUGAAAAUCAAACUAUAAUGACUAAUAAUUUUCGUCCUCUUCAAUUAUUGAAUCCACCAAAUACUCUGGCACCACGAGUUCUUUAUCGAGCUAAAGCAUCAAGUCUUUCAUUGUUAUCUUUACCAACUCUGUUAUGUAUCAUGUUAUUUAGUCAAUUCACUGUGAUAUUUUAUUAAAAACAUAGUUCUUUAAGAAAAAAAAAAAUAUAUAUAUAUAUACAUUUAUUUAUGUCUCAAAUGGAUACCUUACCUUCUUCUGAAUCAAUCAUAAUCAUAAUAAUAAUCAUAAUCAUAAUUAUUAUUGCUUUUUAAUUCUUUAAAAAUUUUGGAAAAAAAAAACGCAUACAACCACUAGUUACCACUUAUGCUACUCUCUUUAGAAAGUAAAUUUUUCAAUAUUUCAUUUAUUUAUCUCAUAUUAUUAUGUAAAUAAUUAGUUUAUCAUUUUCAACAUACACAGAGA